CUGAACACGGCCUUGGUCGCACUUUCAAACCAGAACGAUUAGGAUGCGAAUCUCACGAGAAUUUAAGAGAUAACAGAUUUCAAACUAACAGCAAAAAACACAACUCUAGGCAUGCGCCUGAUGUCAGUGUUAUUGUUCUCAAUCACGUCCGCGCGUGGUUUAUAAACAGCGAUCACUCCUGGAACGGACAAACUCUAGCAUCUCAAUACGCUUCAGAUCUAAAAGUGUAACCAUGUCUACUCAGGCUGAGGAAACUGCACCAGAAGCAGCACCAGAAGCACCAGCGAAACGCGUGGCCAAAAAGAAACCCACGAGAAAAGCAAAGCCUGCAACCGCAGAGAAAACUAAGACAAAUAAGCGGAAGGCUAAAGGGCCUGGAAAGUACAGCCAGCUGGUGAUCGAUGCCAUCAAAACCUUGGGAGAGAGAAACGGUUCGUCUCUUUUUAAAAUAUAUAAUGAGGCGAAAAAAGCGAGCUGGUUUGACCAGCAGCACGGACGCGUGUAUUUGCGCUACUCCAUACGCGCGCUGCUGCGCAACGACACGCUGGUGCAGGUGAAGGGUCUGGGCGCCAAUGGCUCCUUCAAGCUCAACAAGAAGAAAUUCACCUCCGACACCAAGGAGAGCUCUGUGAAGCAGAGAAAGACCGCGAAACCGGUGAAGAAAACAGCCAAAAAUGCAGAGAAUAAGAAGAAAGGCGUCCGCGGCGUGAAGAAGGCGACUCCAGUCACAAAGAAAAGCUCCAAGCCCAAGAAAGCGGAUAAAAGCGCAGCGGUAGCAACCAAGAAGGCGAACAAACCCAAGAAAGCCAAGCAGACAAAAAAGACAGUUAAGAAGGCUUGAAAAGUUUGCAUGCUUUAAGCGCUGUUAAACGCACUUCACAUAUUAUAAUCUUUAUGCUGUAUGUAAAUAACCUUAUGAUGACAGUGAUGACUAAAACAUAGCAAGUCCUUUUGGUGAUACUGAUGGUUUCACUGAUACAUAACCACGUGUAAAUAAUUGCACAAAAAAGGAAACAAAUUAGCACUUUUUGAACAUCUGUUUUUUUUGUUUUU